UGUCCGGCGUCUCUUCCUGUUUGUGAGCACAGAGACACACCUGAGCGUCUGAGCUCGGAGACAAACCUGGACAUCUAGAGCUGACCUCCGUCAGGACACGUCACGUGACGGACACCGGUUCGUUCUUGAUCUUUUUCACAAAAUGCCUCCACCGUGCUCCUCCUCCCUCUCCCCCCUCUUUCUCCUCCUCCUCCUCGUCGUCGUGCGCCUCUCCGGAGCGGAGGACGCGGAUUGCAGCGCGGCCUUCCGGUCCGGACAGGAGGACUUCGUGCUGGACGAGGAGGACGCAGUGAAGAGGGGCGCCGCGCUGCUGUCCACGGCGCGCGUGCGCUCUGCGGAGGCGUGCAGGAGCGCGUGCUGCGGGGACCCGCUGUGCAACCUGGCGCUGCUGGAGCCGCGCGGCGGGGGGCCGGACGCGGCUGAGGACCGCCAGUGCGUCCUGUUCAACUGCGUGUACAGAAACCGCUACGUGUGCCGGUUCGUGAACCUCAAAGGGUUCCUGAGCUACAUCCGGGAGUCCGUGUUCCAGAAGUACCUGCGCGGACCUCGGGCCACAGGUGACGGCGCUCUGCCCAUCGCCAUAACGCCCCGUGAUGUCAUCAUCCAGCCCGGCGAGGUGGUGACCCUCAGUGGCAUCCAGAGCCUGGCGAUGCACGACGCCCACAUCGCCAAGUACCAGUGGAGUCUGUUUAGUGGAGACGCCAAUGUCACCAUGGAGAAAACGGACAAACCCGACCAGGUGAGACUCUCCAACCUGAGGUCGGGUUCCUUCGUCUUCCAGCUGACCGUCAUCGACUCCAACCACCAGCGCUCCCGAGCCUCCAACGUCUCUGUGGUCGUCCUCGACCCGCAGGGCUCCAGCACCUUCUGUCUGUCCCCGCUGAAGGUCGGUCCGUGUCGCGCUGCGUUUCCUCGCUGGCGCUACAACGCCGCGACCAGCACCUGUGAGAGCUUCCUGUUUGGAGGGUGUAAGUCCAACGACAACAACUUCCUGUCUGAGGAAGAGUGUGUGUCCGCCUGCAAAGGGGUCUCAGCGUCAUCAGAGAGAAGCAUCUCACUGGCCGUCCCUGAUUGUCGGUCUCCCUGUGGUCCUGGUCAGCUGACCUGUGACUCUGACUGCUGCUUGGACAGAAGUCUGGAAUGUGACCAGGUGAAGCAGUGUAAAGACGGAGCGGACGAGGAGCCCUGCAGCAAACUGAACGAAACCUUUAACCACCUGCUGGACAUCCACGUGAACCAGAAGAAAGCCCGGUGUGCCGAGCCCCCCCUCACCGGGGCGUGCCGGGCCAGUUUUACCCGCUGGUACUACGACCCUCUGGACAGGAAGUGCUCCCGCUUCACCUGGGGGGGGUGUGACGACAACGAGAACAACUUUGAGGAGGAAGCCGAGUGCAGCGAGACGUGUGCAGGAGUCACAGAGCAUGACGUCUUCUUCCCGGGGAUGUUUGCUCGCUUUGGGGCCGAGGAGGAGGAGGAGGAAAGUAAUUCGGGGAACAUCGCGCUGGCCAUUUGUCUGUCGGUGGCCAUCUUGGCUCUUUUGGCCGUGCUGACCUACUGCUUCUUGAGGUCCAGGAAGGAGCGCUCCCAUAGGCCGGUGGCCACAGGCCCCGCCCACGUGGCGCUGUCAGAGCAGGACACCCUCGUCUACAACAACACCACCAAACCCAUGUGAGGCAGUCGCCAAGACGACCGCGAAACGGGCUUGAUUGUCAAUAGCAUUGGUGGCGCUGAUUGGUGACGUCAUGGCGAUGGAUCAGCUGGUCAGGGUGUACUUCCUGUGUCAUGUUUCUGAUCUAUUUAUGAAUAUUUUGGUUUUCAGCUGUUUCAGGUCGUUUAAAUCUUCAAUAUGUUUUUAACCUCAAGUCUGUGAUAUUUGACAUGAUGUAUAAAUGUAUAAUAUUUCUGAAUAAAUAAUAUUUCAACA